ACAAAUCAUACAUAUAAGAGGGUAAGUCUUAUUAUCCGAAACAGUCUUGUGUUAGAUCCUGUAUUUUGUGUUGAGCAACGGUAACCAAGUGGAUAAUUCUCAUCGUAGAUAUCUUUUAUUCUGUCAAGUAUAUUACAAUAUCCGCACCUGACUAUGACAAUCAAUGAAACAGAAUGGAUUGCUGGUUUGGAGAAAAGAGAACCCAAACUUUACCCUUAUCUACUUAUGAUGUUAGUGACUAUUUUGGGGUCUGUAUACUUGAGAAGGACGAGGAGAAUGGAAGCUAUGAUAUCCAAGAUACCAGGUCCUCCAACAUUACCCAUUAUUGGUAACAUCCACCUUUUCUUCGGAGCUGAUAUAAAAGGUCUCAUAAAUAUCCAAGAUGAAUUAUUUAAGACUUAUGGUACAAUCUUGCGAGUUUGGAUAGGCCCACAUCUUUGGAUAAAUCUUGCCGAGCCUAAAUAUAUUCAUGCACUCCUAAGCAGCGAACAUGGAACAAACAAAGAUUCGAGUUCUCAAUUUUUCAAAUCGCAAUCAGAUGGAAUAUUCAUAGCAUCCGGUAAAAAGUGGAAAACACUAAGGAAAAUUAUAAAUCCAACCUUCCAUCAAAAAAUAUUGGAAAGCUACCUGAUUACAUUCAAUGAGAAGAGUGAUAUCCUUGUAAAACAAUUGGAUAAAAAAGUUGAUGAACCCAUUUUUGAUAUCGGAGAUUAUACAGCGAAGUGUACACUGGAUUUCCUCUGUGGUACUCUAAUGGGCGUGAAAUCUGGAGUACAGUAUGAAAAACAUAACAAUUUCUCCAAGAACGUAACUGAAUCAAUUAAAAUAAUUCAACAAAGAUUCUACAAAUUGCAUUACCAGCCAGAGUGGGUGUUUCGCUUUUCAAAGAUUUCUAAACAAUUGAUAGCUCUUGUGGAGCCUGCUCUGGACUUUGCAAAGCAGGUGAUCCUGGAGAGAGUCAAAAUAAGGGAAGAGGAAGACUCAGAUUAUCAAGUUCAUGAUCGCAAAGGAAGGUCUAUUUAUUUGGAUACAGUUCUUGAUAAUUUCAAGCAUAUGUCUCUCGAUGAACUAACUACUCUGACCCUUGAUACAUUUAUUGCGGCCACUGAUACGACGAGAGUUGCGACUGCCUACACCUUCCUGUUACUUGGAGCCCACCCUGAUAUCCAGGAAAGAGUAUAUCAAGAGAUUAUUGAAGUGGUUGGUGAUGGAGAGUUCACAAUUUACAACUUGACCGCCCUCAUGUAUUUGGAUAUGGUUCUCAAAGAGGUUCUCAGGCUUUUCUCAGUUCCUAUGGUGACGCGAGAAUUAGGAAGGGAUCUUGAUGUUGAUGACCUGACUCUACCUUCAGGUUCAUGUAUCUUAGUCUCCUUUAACGCUUUACACCAUGAUCCAAAAUUUUGGAAACAUCCUGACGAAUUUCACCCGGACCACUUUCUGCCAGAAGAAGUAUCCAAAAGACCAAAAUAUAGUUAUCUUCCUUUCGGAUAUGGUCCAAGAAAUUGUCCAGGUCAUGCGUUUGCUAUGCUCUCCAUGAAAACAAUGAUUGGAAGUGUCAUUAGAAAAUACAGGAUAUUGUCAAAGUUUGAUAUGCAGAAUGCAGAAUAUGAAUAUAUUUUUAUGCAGGAGCUGAAGAAUGGAUACCCAGUUCAAUUGAUGAAAAGAAUAUGACAAGUCUUUCAAAAUAUAAUAUCCAUUUCUACCACUAAAAA